AUGAUUAGGAUAUUCCUGGGAACCUUUGCAGUCCUUGGUAUGCAGGCAAAGGAGAAGCCUUCGCCACCAUUUCCCAUUGGCCUUGGUGUGAGUCUCAUAUUUCCUCGACUAAAUGAGACGUACCGCCCCGUCUUCCCUUUUCCUAUCGCCUUUGCCCUCACUGGACCUGCCAAGGCGUGGCCCUAUGGCUUCAAGCUGCAGUGGCCUCCAGAUUGGCUCUACAGCUCUGGGUCGCUUGAUCCAGCGACAGAACCAUACUUUGUGAUCAAUGCUACUGGAAUCAUGUACAACACUUGUUCUAAAGAGUGGGAGCUCGGAUGGAGUUUGUCAGUUCUCCAAGAGUGCUCCACUGGACCUGAGCAAUACUGGAAGUAUGGAGCUAUCAACUUUUCGAUAUCAUCUUCUGGAUUACUCCCCAGUUACAAGCCCAAAGGACCCUGCCCCCUCGAGAUCCAGCACACUUGA